AUGGCGUCCAACAAUACAUCCGCGCAGGUCACAACUCAUGAUACAGACCACCACGUCCACGUCGCCAAGACUCUCAGUCCUCUAUUCGUCGACGAUCCACCCGUCAGGUUCAUACUCUCCUCACUAUCCGAAGAAGCACGUCUCGCCUACAUGGACGACUACUUCGGCACUCUGGUCAAAGCCGCAGCUCUCAAUUCCGCGGAAUUUGUGGAAGCAAAUGACUGGGAUUGCACCGCCGUCUGGCUACCUCCCGGGAAGAGGAUAGAUAAUUCUUGGACGUGGUGGUCGGCAGGGUUUGUGGGAUGUCUGUGGAAGUUGGGAGUGGCGGGGUGUAAAGUGAGUCCUCAACUCUGCCUCCAUCUUUGA